UUUAUCCCUUUCUAAUUCGUGAAUACUUGCAAUCCAACCGUCGGAUUCAUCAUUCUUAAACUUUUUGCGGUCUUUCUGUUGCACUGGCAACAGGGCAGUCUAUCCGUAAACUUCCGGUGUUAAUUAAAACGCCUGGUUAAAUCUUAAUAGUAUACAAGGUACAUUGCUUUGAACCCAUCCACGGCUAAUACACAUUUUAGCCGUAAAAUACGCCUAUUUCAAUAAACGUUGUCAGUGCAAAUGGCGAAUGGCAAAUGGCAGUUCUACGACCAAUCACUGCUUAUGGGUAUAAUUAUUUGUAAGAAUAAAGAUGAUAGUUAAUAUUAUCGCAGAAAUUAUCCACAUUUUCCUACAUUUAGUAGAAAUUUGACGAGUUCCAUGGUAUUUUUUGAUGAUGGCAAAACUGCCAUUUGAGAAUUGCCAUUUGCCAUUUGCACUGACAACAUAUUUUGAAAUAGGUGUAUAUAUAAGCUUUGUCGUCAAGGAAGUCUGCCAUGAUGUUUGAGCGUGCGCAUGCGCAAUACAUUUCUUUCACUUUGCUUUAGCACUUUACUUGCCGAUUCGCCUCGCUGGGUUUUCGAAAACAGAAAACAAUUUUCCCAAUCAAUAAGUACUUAAAAUUAUAACAAAAUUCGUACAAGCACAUGGCCCCCGCUUAUUCAUCGCAUUACGAUUUUUUGUCAUUUGCUCGGCUUUUAACAUGCAUAUUUGCACUAUACCCUCACUGCUGCAGGGGAGGGGGAGGCUCUACCGGUACAUAUGCUUGUCAUAUCCCUUAGGGUAUAAAAUUAGCUCCAAGUGCUAUCCCUAAGGGUGUCUAACAGGGGACCCAACCACAAAAAAAUACAAAUCACACUCCCUGUUACAGUUUUUAAGACUUUCUGUUUAUUCAAAUCCCAAUCAGUCGAUCUCAUAUCAGCUGUCAACUAAAACAAAACUGUGUAUUACACAUUCAUUCGUUCGUUUUAGGGUUGAAAAUUCAUUUUUUUGACGAACAUAUGUACAUUUUCUAGGGAGAGUCCACCCCCCCUCCCCCCAGGAGCAGAUGCAAAGGAGAUUAUCAGACCAUCCGAGGGACCCAGUGCAGUAGUGCGCAUGGGAGACCCCUAGGCUAGUACUUCGUGUAGGGUCAAGGAGAUAAUGACUCUCGUAGGGCUCACCCGGUUCACCUUUGCUGUUUACGACCGAGUGGCCCUCGCUCCUCGGAAGAUCACACGUUUUGGUCAAAGACGCUUUAAAUUAGGGAAUAAGGGAAGCAAUUUUUCACCGGCGUAGAGGAAGGGUGAGUCUGUGGGAAGUCAGCGUUUUUACGGAACCGAUCACCGGUACGUAGUCGGAAAUCCUAACUGACUUCCCGGCUUUCAGCGGUGUUAUACAUUGACUUCCGGUGUUAUGGCAUUACAAAACGUCCGGUAUAAAAAUAGAAUGCAACAGGGCUAAAUCUGGCGGGAACUAUAAAAAAAAUUCCCGCAUUUUGAACAAUGUCACAAACUCUUUCGGAAAUAGAAGGAGAAUUUUUAAGACAACAUUUCACACAAGCAAGAACAGAUUAUAAUUACUUUUAUUUUAUUUUUUAUGAAGCUGACAAGUCUUUGAAUUCUGUUUUAGAGGAAUUCCUUUGCCUCUCAUGUUGUUCCUUUUUUUCACGCAAAAGGAGACAAACGAUAAUCUGAAUCAGACCCAACCUUCCUCCACGCCGGUGGAAAAUUGCUUCCCUUUAAAUUAUCCCCGAUGGCAUUGUCGACACCUCAAGACUCUAGGGUAGAGCCCUAUCAAUUACCUGCGGAAUUCCGUGAGAUCGAUAAGAUACGAUAUUUACCCGGUGUGACUCGUGAGCUUCUGGACGAGAUCAAGAAUCUCCCGGUGCAAGAAGGCGACGUAUUUGUAGCGACCUACCCCAAAUGCGGCACUACCUGGGUUUCUGAAAUUGUAUGGCAGAUCUUUAAUGAUGGUCAAAUUGAUAAAUCAGACAUUAUUAUAAGAGUGCCGUUUCUAGAAGCUUACCCAAUGAUACAGAAAAGAGGUGUGUUUGUCAAUGACAAUUUGACUGAAUUCUACCGAAGUGUUCCUGCACCACGAGUCUUUAAAACCCACCUGCACCAUCACUUUGCACCUAUGGGAAUUGACACCACCCCUAAGCCGAAGUACAUCUAUGUGAUGCGUAACCCGAAGGACUGCGCAGUUUCCCUGUUCUUUCACUGCAAAGGGAUGGCAUAUUACAAGUGCGAUGCCUCAUGGUUGGAGUUCUUUGAGGCAUUCAUCAGAGGUAGAGUGGAAGAGGGUUUGUGGUUUGAUCACGUUCUUGGCUGGUGGAAGCAUCACGAGGAUCCCAACAUUCUCUUCCUCAAGUACGAGGACAUGAAGAAGGAUUUACCAAGGACUGUUCGUCAAAUUGCGUCAUUUGUCGGAAGAUCUCCAUCUGAGGAGGUUAUUGCAAGGAUUGUUCGUCAGACAACCUUUGAUGCCAUGAAAGACGGAGAGCAAUUCUACCAAAGAAAAAGGCCCGAUUUUAAGCCUGGUUUUAAGUUCAUACGCAAAGGGGAGGUGGGUGACUGGCGUAACUAUUUCACAGACGAGCAGAACAGGCGUGUGGAUGAGAUGUACACCCGCAUGAUGACUAGUAGUGGUCUUCAGCUAGAGUUUGAACCGGACGCCUUACAGUAAGGCAACGAUUUUUUUGUUCAGAAAUCAUCGUCGUCACAUUGGGCACGAAUAAUGGCCUUUGAGAUGGUCAAAAAAUUCAGUUCGGGAGAGACAAGAAUAAGAGCAUAAAACAGCUUUUUGGUAGGGUUUUAGGCGUAUCAAAACUUGAAAGACUUGUAGAAAAGCCUUUGAGAGCAAAGAUGGGGUAAAAAUUUAUAUUUCGAAUUUCGAAUGUUCGGUGGAAAAGUUCGAUUCGCUAUAGUCAAUAGAUGACAGCGAGGAUGAUGGUCAUCACGAUUGAAUUACAGCUUGGAAGCGUAAUUAUACUGGAAUUCGAAGGCACAGUUAACGGUGGACAAGCAGGCAUGGAUUCUUGACCCUGGAGUUGACUAUCCAGUACUGCAAAUGGUAUUCGUUGCGUCCUCCGAAGCUCAUAAUGCAUGCAUAAAUACAUGCCUUACGGUGUGUUGUGUUUAGUUUCAAUAAGUUAUAUAUGCAGCCCGUCCGAGUUUGUAGGUCGAUCAUGAACAUUCAGUAUUCAAAAUUCCUUGUGCAGGCGCUGUUAAAAGUUGAAUGGGGGUCAAUAAUUUUUCAAAGGUGGUCCAAUUUAUGAAAACUAUUACAAUAGCUUUGUGCUUAAAAAGGAUUGGACCAUUGGACCACAGAACCACACCUGGAUCAGCCACUGCAGAAAAUGACUUGACACAUACAAAUAGUAUUUCAUAUGUGUUUUAAUGACUUAAUAGUGCUAUAAGCUUAUAUCAUCUCAUCUCCUACACACAAAAAGCAUGUGGUACACAGAAUAUCAAAUAAAACAAAUAGAAGACACA